AAAGUUGGUUUUAAUUGGUUGCCCACAGGAUUGGCUUGGCUUCUGCUACUUGUUAAGAAAAAAACAUCUGUCUUUGCAGAUGGCGGGGUGCGUGACGAGGGUGGAGCUGUCGGUGACCUGCCGGAGCCUCCUGGACAGGGACCUGGGCUCCAAGUCGGAUCCCCUCUGCGUGCUGCUGCAGGACGCGGGCGGCGGCCGCUGGGCUGAGCUAGAUCGCACGGAGAGGAUCAAGAACUGCCAAAACCCUGAAUUCUGCAAGAAGCUGGUCGUGGACUACUACUUUGAGAAAGUGCAGAAGCUGAAAUUCGGUGUGUAUGAUAUCGAUAACAAGUCCUUUGAUUUAAAUGACGAUGACUACCUCGGAGGGAUCGAGUGCACUUUGGGACAGAUUGUGUCCAGCUCGGUGUUCACCCGACCACUGGAAUUGAAGCAAGGAAAGCCAGCAGGAAAGGGCACCAUUACGAUCUCAGCAGAGGAGAUUAAAGAUACCAGAGUUUUAUACUUGGAAAUUGAAGCACGAAAUUUGGACAAAAAGGAUUUAUUUGGUAAAUCGGAUCCAUUUUUGGAAUUUUACAAACAGAGUGAUGCUGGAACGUGGCAGCUGGUUUACAGAUCAGAGGUGAUUAAGAACAACUUAAAUCCGUGCUGGAGGAAGUUCAGUGUUCCCUUGCAGACAUUCUGUGGUGGAGAUUUUAAUAAACCUAUCAAGGUGCAGUGCGCGGAUCACGACAGCGACGGGUCGCAUGACUUAAUCGGCGCUUUUGAGACUAACCUGACUGAGCUGCAGAAAGCAGGUGACGGCGCUGCGGUGGAAUUUGAAUGCAUUCAUCCUGAGAAAAAACAAAAGAAAAAGAGCUACAAAAACUCUGGCAUUAUUAGGAUAAAAUCCUGCAAGAUUGAGACCGAAUAUUCGUUUCUGGACUAUGUCAUGGGAGGCUGCCAGAUUAACUUCACGGUGGGUGUAGACUUCACUGGCUCUAACGGAGAUCCCAAGUCACCAGAUUCUCUUCACUACAUCAGCCCAGACGGGAUAAAUGAGUACCUGAUUGCCAUCUGGAGUGUGGGAAGUGUAGUCCAGGAUUAUGACACGGACAAGUUGUUUCCUGCGUUUGGGUUUGGAGCUCAGGUUCCUCCUAGCUGGCAGGUAUCUCAUGAGUUUGCUUUGAACUUCAACCCCAGCAACCCUUAUUGCCAAGGAAUCCAAGGAAUAGUGGAUGCCUACCGCCAGAUCCUGCCUCAGAUCCGACUCUAUGGGCCAACCAAUUUCUCUCCUAUUAUAAACCAUGUGGCGAGAUUUGCAGCGCACUCGGCACAACAAGGAACGGCUUCGCAAUAUUUUAUCUUGCUGAUCAUCACUGAUGGAGAGAUCACCGAUCUGGACCAAACUAGGCAAGCCAUUGUUAAUGCCUCUAAGCUGCCGAUGUCCAUCAUUAUUGUUGGAGUUGGUGAAGCUGAUUUCAAAGCAAUGGAGUUCCUUGAUGGAGACAACGGUGUCCUGAAGUCCCUGACAGGAGAGCCAGCUGCACGAGACAUUGUCCAGUUUGUGCCUUUCCGACAGUUCAAAAAUGCUCCCCGGGAAGCACUCUCCCAGGUGGUUCUGGCUGAAGUGCCGAAGCAGCUGGUGUCAUACUAUAAAUGGCAGGGAUGGCCACCUGUGAAACCACCAGAAAUAAAGAAGGUGUAGAUGCAGCCUGACCACCUGUAUCGUGGUGAAGAGAGCUGUCUGCACCCACGCUCUCCCUUGCACGCUGUGGGUGCUCAGUGUCUCGAGUUUGUACCAUUCACACUAAUUCUAUCAGCUUGUGCUCUGUGUCUUUGAUCUUUCCUGUUCCUAAUUGAAAGGAAUGUAAAUAGAGGAAAAAAAACACGGCUACUAGCAGUUUCUGUCACAGAAAAAUAGACCUUGUUGGUUUUCCACCUUGUGACAGUGACACACGAUCCCAUGCAUCACUGCUCGACAGGGCCCAUCCACUGCUUGGGCUCAGCGUGAGCGUGUGCCCUGAGCUGCUCCUGCUUCAGCGCUGAGUUUGGUAGGAGAAGUACUGCAGUCGUGCUUGCUGUAAUGAUACUUACCAUUGAUGUGUUCCUUGAGAGGUGGAUUUUUUCCUUCUGUCAAGCUGCCAUAGGAAUGGGGACCCUUCUCUCCCCAUUGGUACCAAAGUCAGUUGGUUGGAUGCCUGAGGCAGUAGUUCCUGUUGUGCCUUCAUAAAGUGCCAGUAUAUUUUUAUACGUAGAGGUUUAUUUUUAAAUUUCAGUGACCAUACUUUGCAAUCUUAUUUUUAAUCACAUUUUCCUAUUAGCAAAAUUUGCUUUUAUGGUGGCCUCUUGCUUGGAGCCAUCAUUGCAAUUUAAGAACACUGCACUUUGCUUGUUUGUGGGGAAUUAAUGAAGAUUAAUCAUGAAUUAAUCAGGGGUGAGGUGGGAUUAAUGAGUCACAUUAAUGUGACUUUCAAAAUCCAGCAACUGGAAACAUUGAAAUAAAGAUGCUUUGAGUGACUCCUCUGUGUCAGAAGGUAGGAAAUGAAGUAGUUAACUAUCUGUGGAACUCCAGAGAGGUGCCUCCUUGUCCUCAGUGGUGUCUGUUACAUGUUCUGGGGACUAGAACAGGCACAUUGUUUUGAGUUCAUUUCAAAAUAGAGAUAAAGAAACUUGGGCAUGUGAUUGCAAUACUAGUGGUCAUCACUUUCAGUUUCAUAAAAAUAAAUAAUCUGCUUUGACUUACA